GAGCUGUCUGUGUUAGUCGCUGUGGUCACGUUAAGGCCUCCGGAUUACUAACUGAACAAGAUGCUGAACGUCCCGUCUUCAUCCUUCCCUGCCCCCCGGUCCCAGCAGAGAGUGGCCACAGUUGGUCGUAGUAAGGUGCCUCUCAAGCCUGGAAGAAGUCUUAUGGAUUGGAUUCGAGUGGCAAAAAGUGGUCAAGAUCUGACUGGGUUAAGGGGAAGACUGAUUGAGGUUUCUGAGGAAGAGCUUUCCAAGCACAAUACGAAGAAUGACUGCUGGAUGUGCAUUAGAGGAAUGGUGUAUAACAUCAGUCCAUACAUGGAGUAUCACCCAGGGGGAGAGGAUGAGUUGAUGAAAGCCGCUGGAGCAGAUGGCACUGAUCUUUUUAAUCAGGUUCAUCGCUGGGUUAAUUAUGAAUCAAUGUUGAAGGAAUGCCUUGUAGGUAGGAUGGCUGUGAAACAUUUCCCAGUAUCUAAAGAGGGCACAUCGGCAGAACUGAAGGAAAAAAAAAGUUUAAAUGGUACGCUACCCCAAAGUAAAGUGUCAGCAGUAACAGACAGAGAAUUACACCCUAGGUCUGAUUGGUUCCAAACAGAUUCUGUGGUUACUGUUGUUAUCUACACCAAACAAAAGAAUAUAGGCUCUGAUUCAAUCAUUGUUGAUCUUCAAGAGAAUAUCUUGAGGGGAGAAAUAAUUAUUGGAGAUUUUUCGUAUCUUGCAUUAAUUGAGUUAAACCAUGCGGUAGAGAAGGAUAUUGACGUUCGUGUCAGUGAAAAAGCUGGGAAAUUUGAAGUGGUGCUUCAGAAGAAGGAUCCUAUUAUCUGGAAAAGUUUAGGGAAAUAUUUAGAAGGACAUGACUCCUAUAUUAAAAGUUCCCAGAGAGGACUUUAUUAUAGGAAGUGCACACUGCUUUCAAAAAGUGAUGUCAAUUACAAUACCAAGUUAUUUUGCUUUGAACUACCUAAGAGCUGUUAUCUUCAAGUGCCUGUGGGACAUCAUGUUUACCUCAAGCUACACAUCGCAGGUGUAGAAGUAGUGAAACCAUAUACACCAGUUUCACAAUGCUUAGUAUUGGACGACCAGAAGACACCAAACCACUAUAGUCGAUAUUUAUAUAUAAUGAUAAAAAUAUAUCCCAAUGGAUGUUUUUCUCCACAAAUAGAUCACUUGGCAGUAGGUGAUUAUAUCUCCAUCAGCAGCCCUCAGGGAGAUUUCAGGAUGUCCCAGACUGGAAACGUGGAGGAUGUCUUUCUUUUGUCAGCAGGAACUGGUAUAACCCCAAUGAUACAACUACUGGGGCAUGUUUUACAUAAUGUUUCAAACCUCAGAAAAGUCAAGCUGAUAUUUUUCAACAAAACAGAGGAUGAUAUUUUAUGGAGAGAACAAAUCGACAAACUUUGUGUAACAGAUAAGCGAUUUGAAGCCCAGUUUGUACUUUCUGAGCCUAGCAAUGGAUGGAAUGGAUAUAAGGGCCACAUAUCAUUGCAGCUGUUGUCAGACACUAUCAGAAGAAGUGAAAGAGACUCCAAAGUGCUUAUAUGUAUCUGUGGUCCCAAUGGAUUUGUUGAUCAAGGAAUACGAUUUCUGCAAGACCUUGGCUUUUCCUCUGAAGAAGUAUUUCCUUUCAGAGAAUGAUUUUGUCUUCCUUCUAAAGAAUAAUUAUAUAUUCAACUGCAAUUGGACUUUCUUUGUGCUUAUAUUAUGCUGAUUGCUUGUAAGGAACAUAUGGAUAAACAAAGGUUUAUAUAUAGAUAUUUUUCUGCAUUCCA